AUGGACCACUUCGCCGAGACCGAGGGGAAGAUGGUGCACGGCCCGCUGACAUACUGCCCGAGCAUCGCCGAGGAGAUCGAGGGCAAGAUGGAGCAGGACCCGCUGAUGUACAGCUCGCGCAGCGUUGCGAGGGCCACAGCAACCAGCAUCCCUAUUGACGACUUAUAG